ACACGUGUCUCCACUUUGGUUGAAGACAGCGUAACAGGGGUGAAGAACUGGGGUAACAUAGGCCUACCGGUUAUAUAAAAACGAUGAGGAGUAUUGUUGUUGACUUCUUGCUGUACAGCUGAUACCAACAGGAUGUCUCUCACAGUGCUAAUAUGUACGGUGAUUGCCGUAACCGUCUUGGCCAUUUGUACCGCAGAACCCAUCGAGUUUAAAACGUGUGAGAAAGCUCAGAAGACUAUCGAUAGUGUAGACAUCAGCCCAUGUUCUAAACAACCAUGCGAGUUCAAACACGGAAUGAAUGUGACAGUCACGGUCAACUUUACAGCACCCGUCGCCUCCACAACGCUGACAUCGGAGAUAUACGGCAUAGUGAUGGGAAUACCGGUCAAGUUUGCCAUGCCCAACUCUAACGGGUGUAAAGAGUCAGGCCUGCAGUGUCCCCUCACCAGCUCAACAAAGUAUACAUACGUUCAAUACUUCGCGGUCAUUCCAACAUACCCAAUGAUCAGUUUAGACGUACAGUGGGACCUGAAGGACGAAAACAACAAUUACGAGUUUUGUUUCGUGUUCCCAAUGAUGAUCGUGAGCUAACCCCCUACACUGACAGUGCCUCACACUAACACAAGUCGCGCGACUUUAGUGACUACUCCUGGAUCCGUUAUCAACUACAAAUAGGCCUAUUUUUCAUUCUGUACAUGUACUUGUGGCGUCCUAAUUAAAUGUUUUCAUAUUUAAA